GUGGGGACAGGACACCAAAGCCGCAGCCACAGCCACAGCCACAGGCUCAGUCUCUGGCAAACAUUAUGGAAUCAAAUUUCAAUCCUGCUUUAGCAUAGCGUGAUUAAGAAGGAUACCUAUAAAAGCAAAAGCCAGGAUUUUCAACUCACCAAGCAAACCAGAUUCCCAGAAACAUAAGGUACUGUUCUGUAGUGAACGUGAAAUUGAUGAAGCUUCACGGGACUGGAAUGGUAGUGCAAGUGAUGAUGUGAGAAAAAAAAUGAAAUGUGAAUCCCAAUUGCUUGAUUCUUUAACCUUUGCUUUUCUAAGUUACCGAUUUCUUGUCCCUUCUUCCUAAAGCAAUACAUUACAUGUCCCUUAUAAUAAAUACCCUCCUCUUUCAUAUUUCAUUUCCACUCAAAAAAAUUACUUGUCAUUUGAGCCAUAGUUCUGAACCAUACCCACCAAGAUGUCAGAUUGGGGACCUGUUUUUGUGGCGGUGGUGCUCUUCAUCCUUCUGACGCCGGGCUUGCUUUGUCAAUUUCCAGGUCGUAACGGUUGUAUAGAGUUUGGGAAUUUUCAGACGAGUGGAGCUUCCAUUCUGCUUCAUUCCAUUCUUUACUUUGGUUUCAUCUGCAUCUUCUUGUUCGCAAUUGGUGUUCACUUAUACCUUGGCUCAUAGCUUUCUGGAUUAUAAUUCGUUAUUUGUUAUCUUUUUCUCUGUUUUCUUUUUGGAUGAUAAUCAACUGAGACUUGUUUUUAAUCUAUAUAUAAUUCAUCUGCCUACAUGACCAGUAAAAGUGUAAACUUUUCGUUUGUUUAUAUCAAGUUCACAAGACGACAUGUAUUUUUUUGAUUGGUUUAUAAAACUUUGUUAUAUUGCA